AUGUCGGCCAACGGCGACGUGAAGGUGGUGUUCACUGAAAUUAGCAAACUGUGCUGCGCUACCAAGGUGAACGAUAAACAAAUUAUCUUCUGUAACAACUUCCAGCGGGACGAGCCUUCGAUGGUGGCAUCGGGUCGACCAGUUCCUCGUCGUUUUUCAACCGGUUCGGAUGGUUGUUUUCGGAUAGUGGCAGCGGUUACGGUCGAUAAUAGCAGUUUUUUGGAUUACCUGCUAGUGGAUGAGCCAAAUUCUGAUUUUAGCAGCAGCAGCGGUGGUUGUGGAAGUGCUGGAGCGGAAUUGUGCGACGGUGACGAAAUUGGUCGUCUAGCGGCGACAGAAUAUCCGGCUAGCCUAACGGCCGCCUGGAAUAACUGUAAGGACGAUUCCGGUGUGGAACUGGUACCGGUGGAUGUGAACGGGAGUGACAGUGCAGAACGCAUUGGCAGGCAACGGUCGGCUCAAGGAUUACUGGGCGGUAUUUACAAACGAGUUUCGCACCGAAGUGACUAUUUUGAGCAGUUCUGUGUCAAGUGUCGGAUUUAUCUGUUGGAAAACUUUCAGAAGUUUAGAAACAACUUUUCCAUUAUGUCUCGCUUGAGCGGCAAGGACCUCGCGCCCAGUAUAGCAUCUCGCCAGCUGGGUGAAGGGGGUGGGGGUGGUACUACCGGUGCUAGUUUAUGUGACCGUAAGAAACCAUUCUCCCGACCGUUCAGUAAGACAAGUUUGGAGCCAUCCGGCACCGGAGGAUCCUCCAGAAUGUUGAGUCCACCAUCGUCGGAAACGAGUUCUUUGAUACGACAGAAUAACGAAUUGCGUCACCGCCUUCAGGAGGAGGCGAACAACUAUCGACGCCGAUUGGACACAUACAAACAGGCGCAGAAUAAUCAAGCAGCUCUGGUGAGCCGGCUGCAGGCAAAGGUCCUUCAGUACAAGCAACGUUGUACCGAGCUAGAACAAGCUCCGCCCUUGAGUACUUGUCCAAGCUACCAAACCCGGGAUGUAUCCCCCGGUCGACACCAUCACGUUCCAUCAACGCUGUGUACUGCUCCACCAGCAGGGCUCUGUCCCGCAGCAGGUCCACUGAGUCUUCCACCGUGUCCGGUGGCAAGAGAACGCUCCCGUUCCAGAUCACGUUCACAAUCGCCAUGCCGCAAAUAUGCCGACGGAAGCCAUGAUGAAAUUCGACAUCAGCUCGACGAGGAACGUCGCCGUUGCGAAAAAAUGGUGGUCGAGAACUCCUGCCUGCGUCAGCAGCUGGAGGAGUCCCAACGAACCAACGAGGCAUUGACCAAUGAUCUCCAGAAGCUUACCAGCGAUUGGGAAAGCUUGCGGGAUGAGCUACUGGCUAAGGAGGACGAAUGGAAGGAGGAAGAACAGGCCUUCAACGACUAUUACAACAGCGAGCAUACCCGGCUGCUCAAAAUGUGGCGUGAGGUGGUAAACGUGAAACGCAUGUUCAAAGAGAUGGCUUCCACCACGAAGAUGGAACUAGGAAGAAUGCAUCUCGAACUAACAGGAACCGGCCGAGAGGUAGUCGGUGCAUGUAGUGGAGUUUCCGUCAAUAUGAAACAAACUUCUAAGAUCGAGGAAGCCCAACAAAUGCACAUCGAACGAGAAAAUCUAGAUCUCAAAUCACAACUAGGUGAACUACGCAUGCAACACGAAAAUGCUAAACUUGAAAUCGCACAGCGAGAUCAGCGGCUCCAGCAGAUGCUGGGAGAGUUGAAAUUAAUGGAAGAACGUUACGCUCAGGCAGAGAGUCAGGUCGGGCAAACGCAGCGUAUGAACGAUGAGCUGGAACGUCUCCAGGGAGCACUCCGUGACAUAGCCCACGCUGUAGUGCACGAUGCCGAAACAGCGGCUACUUCAGAGACAGACUCUUCCACUCAUCAUUUACAUCUCUCACAAUCCAGCGGUUUACCGGUUUCGCCGAGAUCCCCCAAGCGUGGAAUAAUCCGUACCUCACAAGCAUUCGCCGAGGGUACCAUAUCUGCGGUGCAAGCUGCUUUGCACAAGUAUCAACUUUCGAUUCACGAUCUGCAGGUUAAACUGCAAAGCAACAGCGAUGCCUUGGCAGUCAGCAAGAAACAGCUGGAGAACUGCGAACACACUCGCGAGUUGCUUACCGGGAAGGUAACCGAAUUGACCGAGAAGAUGGAUUCAGCUAACCAUCAGCUGACGGAGCUGUACAAGGAGCGGGAUAGUCUGCAGAAGACACUGGACGGAUUACGGACGGACAAGCACUCGGUCGAGCGGGGGAAAGCGGAGUUGAAUUCUAUUGUUGAUAGUUUGAACACGGACUAUGAGAAACUACAGCACGUUAAUAGUAAGCUACAAAAGAUGUAUGACUCACUGGAGGAUGAAAAAAAGAUGGUUGAGAGCGAACUUCAGCGUGUUCAGAAAGACAAAGACAUUCAAGAAAUGAAUUUAAGAGCCGAAGAAGAACGAUCGAGUAGACUGCGCGAGGAAACUAUCACCUUACGAGAGGAGUUGAACAAGCUCUACCUGUCACGUGACUUGCUCGAACAGCAGCGAAUUGAAUCAGAAGCUCUGCUCAACUUAAUUGAGAAGCAAAAGCUCGAGCUAGAAUAUGAACUGGAUAGGAUUUUAGGCGAACGCGACGGUUUGCAGAUGACACUGGAGAAAAAGAGUUCUUCGAAUGAACAUCUAGAGACCGAAAUCAAACAGCUGAAGGGAUCGAUCGUUCAACUGGAGCAAGAGCGUGAUAAACUGAAGAGCCACGUGUCCGACCAGGCAGUUGAUUUAGCAGCACUGAAGAAGGAGUUAAUUUCGGCCGAACAGGCCCGAUUGGAUCUCGAUUCUGAUAAACUGACAAUCAGUGAACGAUUAAAGUGCCUAGAGAUGGAAAAGGAUAAGAUUGAACAGGAGCUUAGCUGCGUAGGUCGAGAAAGAAAUGAUUUUAGUAAUCAGAUAACGACAAUCUCGCGAAAGAAGGAAGCUAUUGGCGAGGAAGUUAUGCGAUUGCGGCAACGGUUGGAACAAGCCAACGAAAUGAAUGCUCGACUGAACAGAAAUUUGGAGGAACUGGUUAAGGAAAGCGAAGAGAGGGCUGUAGUAAUUGAGGGACACGAAAAGGAAUUGCAGAGAUUGCAAGAACAACUAGCCUCCCUUCGAAGCGAAAAGGAUUCCCUCGAAGCCGUCCUGUUCGACACCAACACGUCUCUGGAGGAAGCUGAAGCCAGGAAAGACGCUCUAGAAAGAGAAAACCAGGAUCUCCUGAUCAAACAGGAAUCACACAAGGCGCUGAUCGCUCGAUUAAACAAGGACUUGGAGAAUGCGGAACGCCGAGCGCAGGAUAUCAAAAUACAGUUAACCAACGCUGCCGCGAAUCAGGAAGCGGAAUUCCUCCAGAAGCUGUCAAACCUGCGCACGUUCGGAGAGGAAAAUAUUAAAAAAUUAAACGAUGAGAAAGAAGUGAUUCGCAGUUCGCUAGAGAAGCGAAUGAGCCAGGCCUUACAGGCUCUACAGGGAUCGAAGGAUUCCGAAAUUCAAACAAUGAAAGACCAGUUUGAAGCGCUACAGAUGCAUCUGGAGGUGCUCAAUCAGCAGCAUGAGGAAACGAUUCUGCGGGCCGAAAACGAAAAACAACAAGCCCUGCUGAUCGCUCACCGAGACAAACAAGCCGUGAUGGAAAAGUUGGACGGUGUAACACGUGAGCUUAAACUGGAACUGGAUAAUAGCGACCGACUGAAGCGUGAGAUGAGUGCUAGACAAGAGAAGGACCGUACCACGAUUGGUUGUUUGCGAGAGGAGAUUUCCAAGAUACGAGCUAAAACGGAGGAAGCCCGGAUUAGAGCCGAAGAAGAACUGAAUCGAUUGGAGGUUGCACAAGGUGCCCUGCGAGAUGAAAAGGAUGUUGCUAUGAAGGAGAUUGAGGAGUUGAAAGUGCAAAUAAGGUUGGUGGAAGACCGGUGUGAUGCUGUCAAUAUACAGCUUCAGGACACUCAACGGAAGUUGAAGGAAGCUGAAAACUGUAUUGAUGCUACCAGAAAAGAGUUAACGGAUACUCGCAGGACAUUGGCUGAUAGCAAUAUCGAGCGGGAUAAAUAUGCCAACAGUAACAAAGAGUUGCGAGAUCAUGUCAAGCGGGUCGAGGGACAGCGUCGAGAACAGGCUAGAUCGAUGGACGAUGCUCUGCAGAAAAUUGCAGCUCUUGAAGAAUCGCGUAACUUGCUAGAGCAGGAGAAGGUUCGCCUUCAGACGAUCCUCAAGGAAACGGAAAACAAUAUGGCCAGGACGAGUCAGGAGCUUUCGGCAGCCCAGAGUAACAUUCAAAAGUUCCAAUCACAAUCAACGCAGAAUGACGCUGCUGAAAAGGAACUGCAGGCUCGUCUGACCAAUGAAUCCGAGGAGAAAGAACGCAUCCUGCAAGAGUUGCACCAAAUCAAGAAACAGAUGAGCGAUUUGGAAGGCUCUCUGUGUGCGACUCGUCAGGAGUUGGGUCGAGCUCGGUGUAAGAUCAAUCAGGACGAGCACCGGUUCCAUCAGCGUGAGCAGGAACUUUGCGCUAGGAUCGAGGAUGGCAGAGGACGCGAGAAGCGUCUGGAAGAUCAGAAGCAUAACUUAGAGGUCUGUCUGGCUGAUGCAACCCAGCAGAUUCAAGAACUGAAGGCUCGUUUGGGUGGAUCUGAAGGUAGGGUACGAGCUCUAGAUGAGCAGUUGGCACAAUUAGAUGCCGUUAAGAAAGAUAUGGAAAACAAGUUGAGCUCGAUUGGUCAUACCUUGAGACGAAUUGCUGGCAUACAGAUGGAUGGUUCCGUUAGCUUGCCCUAUCGACUGCUAAGUCCGUCAAGGAGGUACAGUCCAGCAAGAGGUCGAAGCGAACGGGAUGAGUUCCACCAUCACCACCAUCAUGAUACGCGCAGCUUGUCGGGUGAUAAUGCCAUAAUCGAUGUCGAUCCGGAAAUGGUUCGCAAAGGCGUGCGGACGCUAAUGCAACAAGUAGCUCAAAUUGAGCGUGAGAGGGACGAUUUCAAAAUGCAGCUUUGUUCGACAAAAAAACAACUUCAGGAGGGGGGCGAUAAUCAAAUGAGACUAGAAGCGAAAAUUUCCAAGAUGCAGCAGCAUAAUAGAGCUAUUCAUGAAGAUAAAACUAAUCUGGAAGCAAAGUUAGCACAAAAGGUCAGCGCACUUUUAUCCACAGAGGAAACUUUGCGACAGAAGAGUGAUGAGUUGAACGUUACACGUGAGAAGGCAGCUCACCUAGAGCAGUCCCUGGGAAGUACAACCGAAGAGAAGGGUCAGCUCGAAGAACGUCUCGAGAAAUGUAGGCAGCAUUCAUGUAGACUAGAAUCCGACAAGCGUCAUCUUCAGGACGAACUAACGAGAACUGAGGGACGGGCUUCGAAGCUAGAUCUACAGCGUGUAGCUCUGGAGGGAGAUAUUCAGCGUCUGCAGAUGGCACUUCAGGAAAAGGAUUGUACCAUUAGAAACAUCCAAGAGCGGCAGGAAAAUCUUCAGCGAACUGCAACUCAACUAGAAGAUCGCUGUGCUGCCCUCAAAAGUACUGUUGACCAGUUGAAAGAACGACUACAGGCUGCCGCUAUUACUGAAACUGAACUGCGAGGCGAGAUUGCCGGAUUACACCGACACAGUUCUGACCAAGGGCAUACAUUCGCGUUAGGUCAGGAUAAACUGAAGCAACUGCAGAAAUCACUUACCAACAGUGAGAAUGAACGUCGAGUACUUUCGGAACGGUUAGAUGCUUCGCAACAUACAAUUAAUGAGCUACGACGCAACCAGCAGGCUACUCAAGAUCAAACGCAGCGCCUGCAGGAACAGAUGGCCGAAUGUGAGGUGCAGAAGUCGGCGUUGGAAUCACAGCUACGGUUGGCCAAGUGGAAUCAGGACAAUGCGGAGCAAUUUGGUGCAUCUGCUGGAGGAGAUCAGGACCUUGCACGGCAGUUGGUCAAUUCGCAGAGGGAUCGUACCGAGUUGCGUAAUAAGGUUGAAGCAUUACAUGAAAAGGUCCGUCAUUUGGAGAAUGAAAGACGUGGUCUGGAGAAGAGCAGUAAAUUUUCUGGCCAUGUUCAGUUUGAUCGAUCAGAAAAAAAUACCACAGAUUGUGGUGAGCUUGACUCGAACCGGCUAGAGGCGAGCAGUUUUGGUGGUUCGGCAACUGGAUUGAAAUUCAGUUGCGGUCUUGAUCAUACCCAGAUCGAGCAGGAAAGCCGUGAACUGCGAAUGAAAGUUCGCCGGCUGGAGACUCUUCUGGCUGAAAAAGAAGCCGAACUAGCUAGAGCGAGGGCAAAGUCGCUGGAAUCUCCCAUCAAAACCGGAGGAUGCGGAACUGGUGAUAUCGAGCGUUAUCGUAGUGCACAGAUCCAGGCGGAGCGUUUGCUGGAUGCAAGAGAGCAAUCUCACCGACAGCAGACAUUACGGUUGGAAAACCAGAUCUCCAUGCUGAGAGAACAGCUCGCUCAGGAAGCCAAGCGCAGGCAGAUGUACAUCCUGAGGAGCUCGCGGGCCGGGAGAGAGAUGCAACAGUUACGACAGACACUCGGAGACUCGCUACGAAACGUGGCUCAGGAGCCGAUCGAUUCUACGCUACUGGAAUGUGAAGCCAGAAGGUUGGAUACGGCCGUUUCGAUGAGUUUGCCUCCAACAACCUCUCGUGACUAUGAUCGAAGUCUGAGUCCUACUUACCGCUAGGUUGUAAGCAUAGACUAAAUCAAAUAUAUUUAGUAGAGUUUCGAGUAGAAAGCCUCUAGGUGCCUUCGGGAAUGUCGUUCUGUUCGAAGCACUGACACUGAGUGUGAACAAUGUCAGGUAAAACGAGAAUCGACCAAAAGGAAAGCACUUUCUUUGUCUAUGUCAGUUCAACUAAAGAUUGUUUAGGAUGGAUUAGAAUGAUACUAAAAAAGCUUUAUACCAAUGCUUUGGAAAGUGAAAAUAACCGAAAGUAUUAUUAUGUUAUUGUUGCAGUUGAACCUGAACUUUUGUCGAUCUCAUGAUUUGAAAAUUACUAGAAAAGUAAUACUUGAUCAAUUUAAAGUGAGGUAAAAAGUAAGUUCGGAUGCUGGCUUUAAUGCAUGCUAACACCUAAAGGUUUCGGAAUUAAAACUGUUGGGUAGUGAAAAUUACGUCAUAAUUGAUUUGAAGGUUUGGCAGUUUCGAAUCAUGGAAGUUGCACAGCAAAUCCGAAUUUGUAUCUACUGGAGACUUCUUCAGUUAUCAAACUAUUUUUAAGGAAGUUGUUUAUAGUACAUUUUGAUGUAUGUUUCAUAAUCCAUCAGAAUGCAUACAUUCCUGAUUGCUAAGCAUUAUUUAAGAGUAAUUCCGGUGCUUACUGACGCGAUAAGACCGGAAACCUUCUUUUAAAAGGAUUGAACGCUCAUUGGAUUAAAUUACCCGGAAACAGCAGGUUUAAAAUUUGUGAAGUUUACCUACCUUAACAACUUUUGUCUUAACUCCUUGUCUCGGAUACUUUCCGGAAACAUUCUUCUCACACUACGCACUGUUGAUCUUCGAACUGCUCAUCUACUAAUUUGGAAUCAAUUCGCGAAGCAUUCUUAUGGUACUUGUGUAUGAUAAAUUCUUUUUUCAAGUUCUAUAACUAUAAUGUUAAAUUGCUUUAAAUUUCAUUACUCUCCAAAGCGUAAUAAACAAAACACAGAACGGCGUUCUGUGAGAACCAGCCCCGUGAAAACUGUUUGUUGCCUGAAGCUGCCACCAAAUGCCAGUAGCGCUAGCUACGUUUCAAAUGUUCAAGGUCUGUUCACAUGAACUGUAUAACACUGUUUAAAAGUUGGAUUCAAAACAAGUAAUUAAUAACAAUAUAUGAGAAAUUACGCUUUCUCUUGCAUCGCUUCUUCUCCACAAAAUCCGAACGCUUUUUUCGCCUGAGUGCUAGUUAAGCACAUCAAAAUGAGGUUUGUUUGCAUUCGAUAAGUUUCAGGUCGAGUUAACAACAUUGGCUCGUAGCGAUGUGAAUGUUGCUUAAAGCGUGUUCGCUGUCAUUUUUGACAACUAGCCGAGCCAGAAAGCCAGCUUAUGUUGGCUUCACUCAUUUUUCAAAGAAACGUCAAAACAUUCACCCUCUUGGUGAGAACACUCAAUAUUUUUUUUUCAAAACUAGAGACGCCCGCUUGGGCAAAAUGGUGAAAAAGGCACUAGCGUUCUUAAAAAACGGAAUCUACACGUUUACAAGAAACUACCCAAAAUUGAGUUCUUUUGAUUGAAGAUAAAUUCUACCAGAAUUUUUUAAAACGGCGUAACUGCAAAUAAGAGCUCUUUGUUUGCUUUCUCAAUUAACUAUUGCGGCGCUGUUAAUUAACUAUUUCUAUAAAUUCCUAGUACGCAUCAACGCAAUGUAAUAUAAGUCGAAUCUCUCGUUUAUUUUUAACAACAGUAACCUACUGAAAAGCCCAACAAAUGGUGCAAAAUCGUCCAACACUGGUCCAAUAGUGGACGUCAUCUAACAUUGGCCCGACGUAGGAUCUUCAUUGGACGAUUUGGCACUAACAUCAUAGGGGGAAUGACAGCGAAUGAAAUCCAAAAUUCAAUAUAAGGUACCUAAUUUAUGUCGAAAGAACCUGAUCUUCGGGAAAUUUUCAUGCGCAAAUAUAUUUUUAACCAAGUGUUAAGCAAUUGUCGGUAGGCAGUCAGUUCCUGGAGGAGCAAGACUUUUUUCGUGAGAUUUUUUCUUUUUCAUAUAUCAACGAUAUAAUGAUAUUUUUAUUACUUAGCACAACAAACGACUCUAGGUAUUUAUACAUAUACAUGAUAAUAAACAUAAGGUAUCCUUUAAUCUAUUUGAUAUGAAAACAAUCAUAUCUAAAUAAAUCGACUCACUAGUCUUCUUUUCGUAAUUGGAAAAGAAGAUAUGUAGCAAUCGUAUCCAAUAAGCAAUUGAAUAUGUUAUCAUCACAAUUUAAAUUGAAAAUUAACAGCAAUUCUAAGCGGAAUUGGUUCCACCUAUUCUUCUCGAAGAAUAUACAUAUGAAUUGACUGGAGCCAUUAUUUGUUAGUAAAUAAAUACUAGAAACACGUGUGAACAGCUUCGUGGCACUGUUUUUGUAGCGUAAAAUACAGUAUUUGUCUAUUAGAGAAAAAUGUUGGCUUAAGUGGAAAUCAUUCUACUAUAUUCAAUCAAAAACUGCCAUGGAUAAUCCUAGUAUAAAUGAAGGAAAAUCAGUCACCAGAUAAAACCAAUGUUGCUUAUAGGAACAUUAUAUACGCUACCUUAAAAAUUGCUUUUGUAUGCUAAUAAUAACAAUAACUAGGAUGUAGCUACUUUUAUAAGUCAAAAAUUGGGAUCAACCAUCAUUAAUCACUGCCUAUUAUAUGCAUUUUACUUAACAUACCAAUUUAAAACUGCUGUUAGUUUGGAGAACUGUGACACGGAUAAGAAAAGAAUAGGUCAUAGCGCCAAUGCUCAAUGGAUAUUAAUAUUUUCCUGUGGAAAGAAAAGCAUUUUUUCAUUGAAAGCUUCUGGAAGUUCCUACUUACAAGUAUGGUAUUUUAAAUUAAAUAUUUUUGACGUCUUUUUCAAAGCUUUUCAAAAUUUGAAGCGAGCACAGUGGAAAUUGUAUUAGUUCUCGAUCACCUGCCAGUAGCUCUUGACAAGGCAAAUAGCUGUUGGUGCACGUCGUUCAUUAAGCCUAGUACCGUUUUUUGUAUUUUUCACUACAGUUGAUGUUAGAUAAAUCGUAUUUUAUUUUAUUUAAAUUUUAAAUCGUUCAAAGCAUCUUGCUAUUGGGCGCCUGUUUAACGAUUCGUGAGAUGCCGUCCAACGUAGGACCGAAAGUCUGAAUAAAACUAUAUUUUUUGCUGUGAAUUUGAUUAUCAAAAAUAUUUUAUAGCGAAAUGGAGAGCUUUCAAUAAAGAAUAUGAACCAGAUAGGAAGAUAAAAGAGCAUUUCAUAAAAUUUACGAACAGAAGCAUAUUUUAUUGUUUAAGCUCGAAUCGAUGUCACACGAAUUAAA